GCUUCAACUUUAGAACGUGAAGGUUGAAUAAAACACGGCGUCGAAAGCGGAACGAAAUGUUUUUAGAAUUUUUCAUAGUGUUUGUUACCCUGCUUUUGUUAUGGGAUUACUUAUCGAAGAAACGACGCAAUGAUAUGCUCAGCUACAUGGAUGGACCAAAACCAUUGCCCAUUGUGGGUAAUGCUCUGGCCUACCGUGGUCAGAACCCUGAAGAAAUCAUGAACUUCAUUACGAAUAAUAGCAAGAAGUAUGGCGGCAUGUAUCGCGUUUGGAUAUUGCAGCAAUUGGCUGUCUUCUCUUCAGAUCCACGGGACAUUGAGGUAAUACUCAGUUCCCCACAACACAUUACAAAAAACAACCUCUACGAGCUGUUACACAGUUGGCUGGGUACUGGUCUGCUUAUGAGCACAGGCAAAAAAUGGCAUUCACGGCGCAAGAUUAUCACACCUACCUUCCAUUUUAAGAUACUCGAACAAUUUGUGGAAAUUUUUGAUCAGCAAAGUUCGGUAAUGGUAAAACGAUUGACAGACAAGGCCGAUGGCAAAACGGCCAUAAAUAUUUUUCCCAUCAUUUGUUCUAUGGCUUUGGAUAUCAUUGCAGAAACGGCCAUGGGUGUAAAGAUCAAUGCUCAAAGCAAUCCGAAAUUCCCAUAUGUUCAGGCAGUAUUCCACGUAACCAACAUUACCGCAAGGCGCUUCAUCAAUGUGUGGCACCGCAUCAAUUGGAUAUUCCGUUUAACAGCUCCCUCAGAUUAUAAACUUUUGAAUGACAGCAUUAAGCUUAUGCACAAUUUUACCGAGAACAUUAUUAUGGAACGACGGGAAGCAUUGCAAAAGUCCUUGGCAGAGAAUGGUAAAAGUCUUGAAGAAGAUGAACUGGGUCAAAAGAAGCGAAUGGCUCUUCUGGAUGUCCUCUUACAGUCGACCAUAUCGGGAGCACCGUUAAGCAACGAAGAUAUUCGGGAAGAAGUCGACACAUUUAUGUUUGAGGGUCACGAUACAACUACCAGUGGCAUUUCAUUUGCUCUAUAUCUGAUCUCAAGGCAUGCAGAAGUGCAAAAAAAGAUAUUUGAGGAAAUUCUGGAAGUUAUAGGCAGUGACAAAGAGCGGCCAGUUUCCUUGAGAGAUUUGGGUGAACUCAAGUACUUGGAGUGUGUCAUAAAAGAAUCGCUGCGCCUUUAUCCACCCGUACCUAUGAUUGGACGAUACUUCACCAAGGAUAUCGACAUACGUGGUCGACAAGUUCCUGCUGGUACCAACUAUACUGUUGGCAUUUUUGUCAGCCUACGCAAUCCCAAAGAUUUUCCCGAUCCCGAUUCCUUUAAACCGGAACGUUUCCUCAACGAAGGUGCUGAUAGAAUCGAUCCCUAUGCCUAUAUCCCAUUCUCGGCUGGCCCUCGGAAUUGUAUUGGACAAAAAUUCGCUGUACUCGAAAUGAAGAGUGCCAUAAGUAAAAUGCUGAGACAUUAUGAGCUUUUGCCUUUGGGCCCCGAAGUUAGGCCUAUGAUGAAUUUGAUUCUUCGUUCUUCCAAUGGCAAUCACAUAGGUUUAAGGCCACGAAGCUAUUCGACUUGCAAACCAUUGAAGAUGUUAUUGGAAAUUUUGCUGGGCCUCAGCCUAGUCAUUCUCAUAGUGAACUUUUACAAGAGGGCCAUUAUCACAAAACAAUUGGGACAUAUACCGUUGGUAUCGAAAAUACCUUUUGUGGGGAGUAUUUUAGUAAUGCAGCAUCUCAAUCCGGAUAAUUACUACAAGCAAUGGCAUGAAUUUGUUGUACGAUACGGCCAAUCAUUUGGAAGCAUAGUCUUUGGCAUGUUGUUUGUGGUAACCAUUGAUCAUCGCAUUGUGGACGCUUUGCUGGGCGGUCAGCAAAAUUUGAAAAAGAAUUUUAUAUACCAAAUGCUACAGGUCUGGCUGGGCAAGGGCCUGCUUCUGAGCAGUGGAAAAACCUGGCAGACUAUGCGAAAGAUCAUUACACCCACAUUUCAUUUUAAGAUAUUGGAGGAAUUCAUCGAAGUAUUUGAUCGACAGGCGGACGAGCUCAUUCUUAGGCUAACAUCUCUAACCAAGACCAAUAAUGUAGUGAAUAUUUUUGAACCAAUGGGUCUGUUGACCUUGGACAUAAUUGCUGAAACCGCCAUGGGAGUAAAGAUCAAUGCGCAAAUGAACUCGAAAUCAGAUUUUGUGAAAGCCAUAAAUGAUAUAACCGAAAUAGUUGCCAAUCGCUUUGUGCGUCCACAUCUUUCCUUUAGAAUCUUUGCGUGGCGCAUGCACAAAGUGCAAAAACAAAGCAUCAAAAUUUUGCAUGAUUAUACGGAGCAAAUAAUAGCUGACCGCCGGCAAUCAUUACUAGAACGGCCAAAGCAUGACACAGCCCAAGGAAACGGGACCGUAUCCGCUGAUGUCGGUGUUAGAAAACGAAUGGCGCUUUUAGAUGUCCUUUUGCAAUCAACGGUGGAUGGGCAUCCACUUUCGGAUAAGCAGAUUCGCGACGAAGUUAAUACUUUCAUGUUCGAAGGUCAUGACACCACGACCUCGGCGAUAUCAUUUUGCCUAUACGCUUUGUCCCGCCACAGUGAUGUUCAACAAAAACUGUUUGAGGAGAUACGCUGCCAAUUCGGCGAUGAUUUAGGUCGUCCCGUUACCUACGCCGAUUUGCAGCAGUUAAAUUAUUUGAAUUGCGUGGUAAAAGAAGCGUUGCGCUUGUAUCCUCCAGUCCCCGCCAUUGGUCGUUGUUUGGAUCACGAAUUGAAUGUUGAUGAUUGCACACUUUUGCCCGGCACCAAUGUCAUCAUCCUUUUGUGGGAACUGCUAAGGGAUCCAAGUAUUUUUGAAGAGCCGCUUUGUUUUAAACCAGAACGCUAUCUGCUCGAGGACAACGUGAAAAUGAGUGGGUACGGUAAUAUUCCUUUCAGUGCAGGCCCUCGAAAUUGCAUUGGUCAACGUUUUGCAAUUUUCGAAAUGAAGACUGUUAUAAUCAAAGUAUUAAGAAAUUUCGAACUAAUGCCGCUGGGUGAAAAUGUACAAAUCUCCAUGAAAAUUGUUCUUCGUUCUAAGAAUGGGGUAAAUGUAGGAUUAAGGCGUCGUCUUUACGAUUAAUUAAAAUGAUCUGUUAAAAAUAAAAUUCUCUUUUGGGGUGAUACGGA